CUGUUAUGCGGUUCCACCUCAAAAACCGGACCUGUGUCAUACCUCCGCUGCAGCCUAGAAUCCGGGAAGACAGGUAUUAACGUGUUGGAUAAAAAACAAAGUUGAGAUGGCAGGCGAGGGUAGUGGUGUUGAGAAAUCGAAGCGGAUCCUGGUGACGGGAGGCUCGGGGCUGGUGGGACGAGCGAUAGCGAAGGUGGUGAGCGAGGGGGAAGGCAGGGAGGAUGAGGACUGGAUAUUUCUCUCGUCCAGGGAUGCUGAUUUAACGAGCGCGGAGCAGACCAGGGCAGUGUUUGAGAAGCACAGGCCCACCCACGUCAUCCACCUGGCUGCCAUGGUGGGGGGGCUCUUCAGGAACAUGAAGUACAACCUUGACUUCUGGAGGAACAACGUGCACAUCAAUGACAACGUCCUGCACUGCGCUCAUGAGCUGGGGGUCCAGAAAGUGGUCUCCUGCCUCUCCACGUGCAUCUUCCCCGACAAGACCACCUACCCCAUCGAUGAGACCAUGAUUCACAAUGGACCUCCACACAGCUCCAACUUCGGCUACUCCUAUGCAAAGAGAAUGAUUGAUGUGCAGAACAGGGCGUAUUUCCAGCAGUACGGCUGCAAGUUUACUGCCGUUAUUCCCACCAAUGUCUUCGGACCUCAUGACAACUUCAACAUGGAGGAUGGGCACGUCCUGCCGGGGCUGAUACACAAGGCUUACCUGGCAAAGAAGGAAGGUUCAUCACUGACAGUCUGGGGGUCGGGCAAGCCACGGAGACAGUUCAUUUACUCUCUGGACUUGGCCCGCCUCUUCUUGUGGGUGUUGAGGGAAUACCAGGAGGUGGAGCCAAUCAUCCUCUCAGUGUGCGAGGAAGAUGAGGUGUCUAUCAGAGAUGCAGCUGAAAGCAUUGUGGAAGCCAUGGCGUUGAAAGGCGAGCUUGUCUAUGAUGGGACCAAAUCCGACGGGCAGUUCAAGAAAACUGCCAGCAACAAAAAGCUGAGGGAGUACCUCCCCCAGUUUAAGUUCACUCCUUUCAAACAAGCCAUGAAGGAGACGUGUGAUUGGUUUGUCACCAACUACGACACAGCCAGGAAAUGAAGAUCCAGCUCCCCUAUUGGAGGAGUGGCGAUGUGACUUCAACUACCAUGAAAAUUUUGUUGCUUAGGUUUUUAUUAUUAUAACUGUAUAUUCUAUACAACCCUACUAAAAGCAUAGCAAAGUGUAAUAAAGCAUUGUAAAGCCCAGAGAGGUAUGUUUAAGCAAAAUAAAAAAAAACACGGCAAACUGUAGUAAAUUUAAUAGUGUAACUGUGGGAAAGCUCCAAAAUUACUGAGCAAAUUUAUUGUGGUAAACUUGUAUAAGAAUAAGUGGAGCCAUGGCCUCACGUGGACAAUUAGGUGCUUAGCAUUCCACAGUCACUCUGAAUUGAGCUGAAAGCCUGUUUGGAGAAAGCUAUAAGGAAAAAAUAUAAAAAAAAAUAAAAAUAAU